CCUCUCAUUUAAGCCCUCUCUCUACUAGCCCCUCCUUACCAAUCAAAAAUUUAAAAUAAGCCCCCCUCUUAAGCCCCUUAUGUCAAACAAAGAAAAUAUGAGCCUUGAGCGGGUCAAAUAUACUAGAUUGCUUGCGGUAUGUGGGGGAUCAAGUGAAUGAUCCUGCGCUGUGAUAACGUUUCGUCCCUCGAAUAGAGGCGAAACUCCAGCAAGGUUCCUGGUUCUUGUUAUAUUAAAUAUAUUUAAAGAUAAAAAAAUACAGCGAUUGCUCCAUUUUAUUUACAUGCGAAAAGAAUCCUCAAUGUUGUGAAAUUUACAUUGAACUAACAUAUGCCAUGAGCGAAUUUAUUCUGAGCGUUAAGCGUUCAUCGUCGAGUCGUGUCGACUUCUCUCUCCUUUUAAAUUCUUUUCUUCAAUGCGAUGAAUUGGAUGUCACCAAUCACGUGACAUAAUUGAUUUCCUUCACGGUGCAAUAUAAUAAUAUAAUAGCGAUGAAUGUAAGUAAAUUGUACCAAGAAACAUUUUUUUAUUGAAUUAAUAAAAAGAAUCUUCCAUUCAUUUAAUAAAUUUUUUCCUGGUACAAUUUACUUACAUUCAUCGUUGUUAAAUGCGGUCCUUGUAAAGAAGAUGAGGAAUGAUAAUUAAAUGGUUUUAAGAAACUUUCGAAACUGCUAGCAGAGUUUUAAAGAAUUUUCAUAACAAAAUAAAAAAGGGAGACAUUUUUUAACAUUUUGACAUUAAAUAAUAAAGGAACUCUCCUCUCCUUUAAGCUUCCUCUAGGGCUGACAGAAAAAAAUAGCCUCCGGAGCUUAAUAGAGUUUUUACGGUAAAUAUGUUACCCUCGUAGCAAGUCUCAUUCAAGGUUUGCCUUAAUGUAAUUAGAUUAAAGACAUUGUAAACAUUUUGGCAAAGGUUGCAUACCAGCCCAAAAUUCAGAAUCUACAGGUUUCUAACCUGACAACUCUCUUCUUUCACUGCUUGGGCACUGCACUUGAUUCAAAACUGAGGAUUCCCAGUGAUUGAAUUGAAACUGCAGCUUCUUAUCGAGAAUUGCUUUCGAUGGUUAUGUAAGAUAAAUAAACCCUAUGGUUAUACCAAAAUUAAAGCUAAAUGCUAUCUAUAGAACAACUCAGUCAUUCAGGUAUUGUUUUCAUGACGAAGUCAUUCAUCGCGACAUGUGGCUGAAUUCGUCAGUCGGGUAAAAAUGAAGAAUUGUUAAAUUGAAUUCCUGUAAAAUUUCGAUGAGUAGUGGGUCACUGGAGGAGUAUUGUUAAUUGGUAAAACGAAUGACUAAGAGGAUUCAUUUGAUGUUUUGUUCGGUUGUAGAAUCUUUUGAAAUAUAUCAAUUAAAAGUUACGAAGAAGAGUUAACGGAUGGGUUGGUCCACCAAGAUGAUGUACUUGCAGCAUUAACAAAGCGCGGAGUACCAACACAGUGUACCUGAAUGGAUGUGAUGUAAAUACAAAGCGAUAUGAUGGUCGUCGACUGCAUUAUUUUCGCCAUCCUUCUGCAUUUUGUACAAACAACCCCUUGCAACAUCACACGGCAAUGCAUGAUCCGGAUAAACCUAGUCGAGGAAAUGAACUUUCUGCAGGAUUACAAGACGUGCGAAGACGUCCACAAAAAACACUGCAUUUGUCAGCAGCCUAUAGAUAUUCUAUUUACGGAAACACCGCCGUACAUUUUUACUGAUCCGAAGACAGGAACAGUCACCGGGCUUAUUCCAGGAAUGCUCAAACAAGCAUUGGAUUCUUGCUGCUUCCAUUCCAACUGUACAACCAUAAAUUAUUUGAAACCGUAUACGUCGUCAUUGGAGGCAUUAGAAGCCGCGAAAAUGGUAACACUGCUGGCCCCGUUUGCCACUUACACCGGAGCUAAAACCUCCUUAACGAAUACGUUUGUAGAGUUUAUAAAAAGCCGCGGUGUUUCUUACAUCGGCAAUGAAGAUAGAAGCUAUACGUCUUUCCAGAGGUUCUUUGCCUCUGUUGGAUCCAAUUGGCCGUUGUUUGGUCUUUCGUUGCUGCUUGCCCUAGAUGCUGGCAUUGUGAUAUGGUUGCUGGACUCUUCAAGAAAUCAGCAAGAUUUUCCUCGGAAGUUCAAAGAUGGUAUCAUUGAAGGCAUGUGGUGGGCUUUCGUAAGCAUGACAACUGUCGGAUAUGGCGAUAAAACUCCAAAAAGCCUUGUUGCUCGUUUUUUUGGCAUCGUGUGGAUCACAGUUGGCAUUUCUCUGUGUGGAGUAUUUACUGCAUCUUUGACAACAGGAAUGACUCAGUCUUUUAUUGACGAGGACUUGUACCUCUCAGACAAAAGGGUAGGCGUUUUGAAUAAGACAAAUUAUGAGAUGAAUAUAGCAAUGAGGGAAGGAGCCAAAGUAACAGGUUUUUCCUCCUAUAUUGAAUUGAAGAAUGCUCUGAUAAAUGGGCAAAUUGAUGGUAUACUGAUGGACUCACUUAUACUAAAACACUAUGCAGAAGAUUUAGAGAAUUCUAUAACCAAUUUCUAUUCGAGAUCAAAUGUACUGGAGAAUUCGCCCACAAGUUAUGGCAUAUUAUUUGCUUAUGACCACGUCUCGAAUCACACAAAUGCUAUGUGGGCCUCUUUCUUGAGUGGAUUUUUCGAUGAGAACAGGGACAACCUCGACCUGAUGUUAAAGCUAGCUGAAGAACAGCUUCCAAUGUCGCUGCAUACUGCACAUGAUCAUAUCAAUUCCUCACCUAAAUCCCUUUUCAACGACCCAGUAGUGUACACGAGGCUUUUUCAAUAUGUUGGACUUGCAACACUGGGUUUGUUGAUUUUCGGAUUUGUCUACGACAGAUUAUGGCUUGCAGCCAGGUUUUAUAAAGCCUCAAGACAAGAGAAAUGGAUGAACAAGAUAGAAGAGGAGCCAAGGCAAAGUCCACGUCACCGCCAGAGUCAGGCCCAGAUGCUUGACAAUACAACGAUAUCACGACUGCAAAAUAGAUUCAAAGUCGUCAUGAAAGAAAUUGAAAUAGAAGAUGGCGAAAAGGAUUACUCACAAAUAACAGAUAAAAUCAACCAAAUGGUCUUUGAGUCAGGCAACUUCUCAAACCCUCCGAAAAACGUUCUGAUCGAGAUGGAAGAAAUAAAAGCGCCUGACAACGACGCGUUCUCAAUAGAAGAGAAGAAAUGUGAUUUAACAGUAGUGGAAAAUUAACAUAGUUGAAAGUAAAGCAUACAGAGGAACUUUGACACAGAAGCUUUGCGAUGUCACUGAUCAAAAUUGAUGAUCGAACAAUGUAUGCAAAACAUAAAUGCCGAAGAAAGACUUUUUUCUCAUUCAUUCGGUUUUCAAACAAAAAGCCUCCCUUUUAUGAUUUUUGUCACAAUUGGAUUUUUGAUAACAUUGUCACUGCAGUCAGAAUGAAUAUCUGAAAUGUGAGAAUAUUAUUGUAAAAGAAUUAUGAAAGUAUACCUGGAUCGUCGAUAAAAGUCUGAUGUGAUAAAAAUCGACAUUUAAAUGAAAGAUAUACUGUUUGCUUCGAGGACUAACCAUGUUUAAAUGAAAGACUAUCAUGUACUUGACUGUGCCAUGUUUCAAGACGACCUCGUCUCAUACUUAGCUAAAAGAUAAAUAUUGAAGUACCUGCAUAUCCAAGGUCACUUGUAUAGUCUUAGAAAUGCAACUCAUGAUGCUGUCAAUCAUGGUUCUCAUAUUGAGCUUUUGAUAGUUGCAGUUCUCAUUCAUUUUUCGCAAUGAUCACGUGUAUUUUGAGGGAAUUAUUCGUACUUUUUAAUGCGUCAUAUUUAAUGAUGUCAAGUCGCGGAUUUCUUAAAACUUUUUAGUACAAAAUACCUUGGCCUACCUGACUUCAACUCAUCUUUUUCCACUGCAAACUAUAGUAAUGUUAAAUGUUAAAAAGACAUAAUUUCUCAAAUUCCUUUCCUUAACGUUGUCAAAAAACACCAAGUUUUAGAAUACAGCCUAAAUGGAGAUUGCAAUUUGGUUCUAUAUACGUGACGCUAGCUUGGAGUCACACGAUAUGACUUAUAUCUUAAUAAUUAUGUUUCAUUAAUAAAUCUAUUGGCAAAAUUUUAUUAUCACGCUGACAAAAUUGCUUAAUAUUAUUUCACUGUUACUAAGCACUUUCACUGUUACUGUUACUGUUGCUAUUAUUAAGCAAAUUACUUUUUCGUAAUUUCUAUACAUAUGUUAAAGCUUACGUUUAAACUUACGUUACUGUUUUGUUUAUUACCGUUUGCUUACCAGAAGGACCGCGAGAAGAACUUUA